GUCUCGGGCUGCCGGCAUUUACGAACCCUUGGAAUCCACCUUCGUCCCCUGUCCCCCUUUUUGACGAUAAAAAUCCUUUAUAAUGAACCAACCCGUCAAUUCCGAGCGUGAGGACAGGUCUUCCACACAGUUUACCCUUUCGACCGAUCGAUCCAGCGACGUUUUCGAGGUUUUUGAAGAUUGUUUCCAAGCCGUUUCCCACCAAGCAGCCGAGGCGGACAGCUCAUUUUUACAUGGGAGUGAGGAUUGCCAUAUGUCGCCCUUGAUGUCGUCAUCAAGAUUGCAGCAUGACGAACCUGUCUUUCCCAUGUCCCUUCCAGAAUGCAGUCGCUCGGUAUUUUCUACACUUACUCGAGACCAACACGACGGAUCGUCCUCGUCUAGCUCCUCAACACCAUCCGAGUCGUUCUCCUUUUCACCUCCCCUUUCCCCUCCCGGACGGACACAUUGCCGCGAGCCCACGGUUGAGGCCGAGGCUGGAACUUCCUAUGACACUACAAUCACUACCCCUAGCCCUGGCCCAUUCACGUUGGGAUCGCAAUCAAAGGGCAAAGGCCGAGCGCUGGACCAGUCUGCGCACGGGCCAUGCGCGCUACUACUUCCUUCACUUGAUUUUGAGAGGGAGGAGGUAACUGACGAGGGAGAAAAGGCUCACAGUUCCAAACCCAAACGCGUCAUAGGGUGGGAUCCAGAAUCAUUUUUUUGUGAUGGAUCUGAGCCCUCCACAGCACGAGGAGCUAGCAUCGCGUCAUUGACCCAAUCUGACCACAUAGAAUUGGAAAAUGACCGAAAAACACCCACAGGCUCUGGCCUAUCUCGUGCUUUCUCCCAACAACGAUUCGAGCCCCCCCGGGUGAUGCAAAUGGUCGUUCCAUCGGAAGAUAGCACCAAUGUCUCAUCCCCUUCGCCCCCGUGGCUUCCUAGAAUUGAUGCGCCGCCCGCACCUAUAUCAAGCAUCUCGAGGUCGAGAUCAACCUCGCUUCGAGAUAUGUCGAAGCACAUCAAGGUCAAACUUCAGCGUUCGCGAGAAUUUCUAAGAAGAAGCAAACAUCGAGAUGACAUUGAAGUUGGCACGUCCCCACCCGCCCAUACACCCCCUACCGCAACUAGCCCACCGUCGAUGGAGACGAGAUCUGUUCAAUUUUCCCCAGAACUGUUCUCAGACGAGAGUAGUAUAGAUAAGAAGCUGAAGCUGAACCCGAGAGGGCGACCAUUCACUGGUUCCCUCCCGUCUGUGACGCGCCCAUCGUCUCCUUUCCCAUCAAUAGCUGGUCCCGUACUCACUACCGACCCGCCAGAUAUCUGCGGGCUCCCGCUAAAUAGCGAAGAGACCUCUGCGGCUGAGGCAUUAUCACAGCCAAAAGACCUGUUUAACAUAAUGUUGCCGGUAGAAACCCGCUUGCACAUAUUUCUUUGCUUAGUAUUGAGCUUCGUGAGUGACUUAUCCAGAUUGGUCGAGGGAAAAUCUUGGAGUGUAGGGAUUGCUGCCAAGAUGCGUUGGGUCGGCUGGGAAGCUGGUAUUCGUGAACUAGUGAAGAUUAGCAGGGUUUGCCGUGCAUGGCAGUUUCUUGCAUUGGAUGGCCAGCUUUGGUCAACAUUAGGCGCGUCACCUGGCUUUCCACCGGAUUUGCUUUCCAGGAUCAGCCAAAUUGCGGGGCCUUUUGUAACGUCGUUGCAACUUGAAGGGAUACCAACACUUGGGACUAGUGAUCUUGCUAUAAUUGCCAAGAAUAUUUCGACGAUUGCCCAUCCCGUUCAAACUUUUUCGUCCCAUGGUCACCCCCAUGGAACCAUCUCGCCCUCAAUUCAUCCUGUAGAUGGGUGGCAAACGAAUCUCACUGACGUCAACCUCAAGGGCCUGACUAACCUAACUACUCGAGGGUUAAUUAAAUUUCUUACGAGCUGCCCCAUAUUGGAGAAUCUUUGCCUGCGAGGGUUGGAUGCCGUCACCAAUACAACUUGUAUCGUCAUUGGGGAUUCUAACCCAAGGCUACGUUUGCUGGACCUUGGUCGCUGCCCAAACAUGGAUGCUUUCGGAGUGACGUUCAUCUGCGAAGCCGUAGAAAGAAGGAAGAGGAGCGCAUCCUGUCUAGGGACAGGGGCCAUCGGCAUGGGCCAGGAAGGAGUACUCGGCGAUGGCACGACCCUUCGUGAGCUACGUAUUUCCGGCUUGAAACGUGCCUCGGAGUGGGUCAUGGCAUCAAUUGCACAAGCAUUCCCUAAUUUAGAGGUACUCGAUCUGAGCUACUGUAAUGGGUUGUCUGAUCGAUGUGUGGAGAAAUUCGUCGAGUGGAAGGAAGAUACAUUGGUAGAUGCGAGGAGAGGCACCUAUGUCCAGCUCACCUCAAUGGAAGCUGGUCUUGAUCCAACAGAUCGUACGAUGUAUAAGCGGCGCGUUACCAAGCUACGGCAUUUGAACCUUUCGCAUUGCCUAACCUUGACAGACCGUGCUUGUUCUGCCCUUGCCUUCACGGUUCCGAACAUGGAGCUUCUGGAAUUGGCAGGCAUCGGUGCAAAUUUGGAAGACGGCGGGUUGGUGCGAUUGCUAAAGACCCUGCCUUAUAUUCGAAAACUCGACCUUGAAGAUGCAUCGCAUAUUACGGAUGAAGUCCUCACUGCCAUUACCCCAUCUCCUUCCACGACUCGUCCCUCAGCAGCGAUUCCGAUAGCCUUGUAUGGCGACAGCAUGUUCAUUUCCAAGCCGCCUGGCACCGUUGUAAUUCCCCAGCCGGGAGAGUGCCUCGAGGAACUCAUCAUCUCAUAUGCUGCACUCCCCACCCCCGAAGCUGUUCAUACACUUAUACAGGCAUGUCCCCGUCUUCGCAAGUUGGACACAGACAACACACGGAUCACGGACGAGAGCAUCCGGAUUUUUGUCGAAGUAGCAAGAAAGAGAAGCAUCAAGGAUGCCGGCAUUGUGGCAAUUGACUGUGCGAACAUCAGCCGCGCUGUUGUUGAUGAACUCGCUGGGCGAGAGGAAAUACGGCCUCGUUACGGAUUUCGAUGUUGGGAGGUCACCAGCACUGGUCUUGGGUACGCAGACGCUCGAGAUGGCGACAAUCUCCCUAUUGCAGAUGGUGAAGGAUUGGAUGAGUGUGAUGAGACUAAGGUCGUCGUGAAGACCUUUAGGUCAUGGCAGGUUGUGGACAAGUGGCUUGGGGAGAGAGAGAAACGUAACAAAGCGCGGAUGGGGGCCGAAGUUUCCCUUCUUCAGAGAAGGGAAGGUAGGAGUAGUCGCUGGUUUGGCAGAAGGUCCAACUCCGCAUCCGGGACAACGACACCAGGUAUGGGUGUUGACGAUGACGACCGUGGGUGUAUUAUCAUGUAAAAUUCCGAAAAGAUUGUUGUAUCGUUUGUGGCUCCUUGUGUGUGUAUUUCGUACCCUGUAGACGCAGAUGU